CCUAUCAGGAAGGACACUGUGAUGUCAACUCCCCUGUCCUGUUGUAGAUCAUUAACCCCUUCCAGUCCGGACACUUCCCCCCCUUCCAGUCCGGACACUUCCCCCCCUUCCAGUCCGACACUUCCCCCCCUUCCAGUCCGGACACUUUCCCCCCUUCCAGUCCGGACACUUUCCCCCCCUUCCAGUCCGGACACUUUCCCCCCUUCCAGUCCGGACACUUUCCCCCUUCCAGUCCGGACACUUUCCCCCCUUCCAGUCCGGACACUUUCCCCCCUUCCAGUCCGGACACUUUCCCCCUUCCAGUCCGGACACUUUUCCCCCACUUCCAGUCCGGACACUUCCCCCCCCUCCAGUCCGGACACUUUCACCCCCCUUCCAGUCCGGACACUUUCCCCCCCCCCCUCCAGUCCCCUUUCCCCCCUCCAGUCCGGACACUUUCCCCCCUUCCAGUCCGGACACUUUCCCCCCUUCCAGUCCGGACACUUUCACCCCCUUCCAGUCCGGACACUUUCCCCCCCUUCCAGUCCGGACACU